AUGUCUGCCGCAGAUUCCAAACCCCGCAGUCGAGUUUUCUUCGAUAUUUCCAUUGGAGCAGUUCCUCAAGGACGAAUCACUUUUGAAUUGUACGAUGACAUUACUCCCAAGACCGCAGAAAACUUUCGAGCCCUUUGCACUGGUGAGAAGGGUGUUGGCAAAGCAGGCAAACCUCUUUCUUACAAAGGUUCUGGUUUCCAUCGUGUGAUCAAGCAAUUCAUGAUUCAAGGUGGUGAUUUCACAGCUGGCAAUGGAACUGGUGGAGAGAGUAUCUAUGGCGUCAAAUUCGAUGACGAGAACUUCAUUGAGAAGCACGAUAGACCAUUCUUGCUUUCAAUGGCAAAUGCUGGUCCAGGAACCAACGGAAGUCAAUUCUUCAUUACAACUGUACCAACUCCCCAUCUUGAUGGCAAGCACGUUGUCUUUGGUCAAGUCCUCAGCGGUAAAUCAAUCGUCCGCAAGGUCGAGAAUAUGCCUACCCAAGCUGGUGACAAACCAAACAAGGAAGUUACCAUCACAGACUGUGGAGAGCUUACCGGCGACGAAGCCGAAUCUGCCGAUGCGAAAAUACCCGAUUCCACUGGCGACAUUUAUGAAGAUUUUCCAGAAGAUAUGACUACCCCUCCAACCGCCUCCGAAAUCGUCAAAAUCGCAACCGACCUCAAGACAUACGGAAACACCGCCUUCAAGGCCAACCAACUACCUCUCGCCCUUGAUAAAUACGAAAAAGGUCUUCGCUACCUCAACGAAGACCCAGACUUGACCGAUUCUCCCCCCGAAACCUCCUCCUCUCUCUCCGCCAUCCGCUUCACCCUCAACAGCAACUCUGCUCUCCUUCACAAUAAACUCAAGAACUUCGCCGACGCCGAACGUACCGCUAGCGCUGCUCUAGCUGUUUCUGGUACCACGAAUACGGAUAAGGCUAAAGCUCUGUACCGCCGCGCUGUUGCGUACAUAGGACUCAAGAAUGAAGAUGAGGCAUUAAAGGAUUUGGAAGAGGCCAAUAAGUUGGUUCCCGGAGAUGCGGCUGUGGUUAAGGAACUAUCGGCUUUGAAGAAGAGUAUGGCUGAGAGGGCCAAGAAGGAAAAGGCUGCUUAUAGCAAGUUUUUUGCUUAG